CCUCGCGAGCUCGCGCACGCCGCCUCUAACACUACAGGGUGGUAGCGGCCUCUUCGUACUGCGUCCGGGGCAGGACCGUGCGCGGCGGCCGCGGCGGGUGCUGGGAGCCAGCGCCUGCCUCGCCGCCGCCCUCGCUGCCUGCCACUCCGUCUUGGCCCGUUGUCCGCACCGUGCAGAGGCGGCGGGCUGGGGAGGGAGCGGCGCCAGCGCGAGGUUCCCAGCCGCUGGGAAGCCCCUAGACGCGCCAAGGGGCCGGGCUACGAGCGGCUGAGAAAAUGAUGCAUCCUGUUGCCAGCAGUAAUCCAGCUUUCUGUGGGCCUGGCAAGCCUUCCUGCCUCAAUGAAGAUGCCAUGAGAGCUGCUGAUCAGUUUGACAUAUAUUCCUCCCAGCAAAGCAAAUACAGCCACACAGUCAACCACAAACCAAUGGUUUGUCAGAGGCAAGACCCAUUAAAUGAAACACACUUGCAGACUACAAGUGGCAGAAGCAUAGAAAUAAAAGAUGAACUAAAGAAAAAGAAGAAUCUCAACCGAUCUGGUAAGCGUGGCCGGCCUUCGGGAACCACCAAAUCAGCAGGAUACCGGACCAGCACAGGCAGACCCCUGGGAACCACCAAAGCAGCUGGAUUUAAGACAAGUCCAGGCAGACCUCUGGGGACAACUAAAGCUGCGGGAUACAAAGUCAGCCCAGGCAGACCUCCAGGAAAAAAGCAGCAAGCCUUCAGGUGUUCCAGUGAUGCCUGACACAAUGAGCUGGACUUUAUGCUGCUCUUUACAGUAAGAGGUGUUGCAUUGUAUGUGGGGACUAUGUGCACUGGCAUCUAAGACAGUGACCUCAACAAUAUUAGCUUUGCACAAAUCAUAGAGAAUGAUGUUGGAUGGUUACAUAAUCAGUUAUAACAUUCUGGCAGCUAAAUUGCUACAAGAGCUUUUUCUUGCAAAAGCUUAAAAUACAAGAUUUUUAAUAAUUUACUCAGAACAGUAUAACUUCUGACACACACAAAUGCUUGCCUCUUUAUUCAUAUGUUCAUUACCUACUCUGUACAUGUAUCUGUCAUUUAGCUGUUUCUCAAGAUGAUGUUCAGCAGUUGGCUGCUUAGAAAUCUUUUUCAAGCCAGUUUCUAAAGAUAUUUGUUUAAUGUUCUACCAUAGAAUAAUGCACACCAUUGUCAAAGAUUUGAUUAUUGUGUUUUAUAGUAAGUCCAUUUGACAUUUAUUUCCCUUUCAGUUUAUUUUCCUUCCUUAUUUUGUUAUACGUACCCUUCCCUUUCUCCCCUGCCUUUCGUACAUUCAUUCCUCUUCCUCUACCCUCCAGCACAUCUACUUACUGGUGCUGUGCUGUGUGUCAGAAGAUAAAACAGGUGUAUUAUUGUAUAAUGAAUUUUGUAUACAUGUUUAUGAAAUGGUGAGAUCAACUAAAGGAGGCAUGUUCAUAACAGUGUUUAUUAUCAGCAGCUAUGUCCCAGGAAAAAAAAAUGGGAGGGGCAAAUGGCUACAGUUGUAAAUGGAUAACAUCAUUUAGAAAGCCGAAUUUACUGUUCAUCUGAGCGGUUACCUGGAGUAUUAUAUCUAUGCACUGGUGAGCAUCUCCUGAUUCCACUUACUUUUCUCCCUGUGAACAGUUUACCGGUGCCACGCUGAAGAGAAAGACAUCUAAGUGAUAACAUGAAUGAAGUCUUAAAAUUUAAAGUAUUUUUACUGCUAUAUAAACUAAAGACUACAUUGUGCAUAUUUUGUUAACACUGUCUCUUGUUAUGAUAAACACUGAAAUAGCAUGUUAAACAGUUGCCUAUACUUUAAUAUAAUCAGUUGGGGAAAACUGGCCUUUUCUCCCCCACUGUAUGAUUGUUUCUUGAAAGGUAAAUUGCUAAUUUUAUACAGUGUAAUUCUGUUCUUCACAAAAUAGGUUUCAUUAUUCUAUAUUUAAACUGUUGGUCAGAAAAUGAUCUGCAAUUCAAGUAAGUCUGCAUUACUUUUUUCUUUAAAAAGUACUUUAACAUGCCUUAUUUAUUAUAUUAGCAAAUAAGGAGCUAAUAACAGAUGAAAUUUUCAUUUUUUGACAGAUAUAACCUUGCAUAAGUAGUAUUUAGGGUGAUUUUGAUACUAUCUUUAGAGUUUUGCAUUGGAUAUUAAAAAAUAUAUUGGCACAAUGUAUUGGAAGAAAAUGAGUAGUAUCUGGUUUAAUUUUUAAUAUUUAGGGACAUUUUAAAAAAUCAAUGUUUUAAUUAGACUAAAAAUUCUUUAUAUUUUUUAUUUACUUUUUAAAGAAACAUCUGUCAAAGUAAUAUUGAUUCCAAACUGAUGUUUGUGUGAAUUUACAUGUCUAUUUUCAUGAACUAAGAAUAGAGUUUGAGUUGAGGAGAAAAAAAUAUAUAUGUGGGUCCAUUUAUUAGGUUAAAGUUGACCCAUUCAGUGUAAAAAUAACCAUAGUGUGUGAGCUAAAGAAAAAAAAAAGUAAAUUUCUCCUUUAUAUUCUAAGAAGCUUUAAAAGAACAAUUCAGGGGAUAUUGAUAACUGCUACUCUGUCGGUCAUUGUCUCUAUAUGCAGUAAAAUUUUAUGGUCCCUUUAUAGGAAUAUAAAGAAUUCAAAACAGUUUUUCAAAAGAUUUUUUUCCUUGGACAUAAAAAAUUUUGAUGCUAUUCUAUUUUUGUUUUUAUUACAGCUUAACUGUAUGCUGUUAAACUCUAGGAUGUAUCUGAAUCUUUCCUUUCUUCCCCCCUCCUCCAAAUAUAUAAAUCUAUGCUCUCACAUGUAAUGUAUUUAAUUUUUGGAAAAUUUAAUGCUAUAUAGUAAAUCAAGUGUGUGAUUUAAAGUAAUCAGAUCACUUUGAUUCUUUUAAGUUUUCAGAAUUUCUUUUUUCCACAGGUAAUUUUGGAGAAAAUAAUUACCAAUUAACUGAUAAUAAGCACGCUGUCCUCUGCUGUAAAAAGUCUGAAUAGAUACUGUGUAUGUUUUUAUGUCCAUGAACUUGAGCUACUCGUGUGCAAUUAUGUGUAUGGGAAUGGAGUAGUGUUCAUGAUUUGUAUCUACAUCAUCAUAUGGAUGUAUAUUUAUUAAUAAAGUCAUUACUUUAAAACCAA